AUGAAGUAUCUCCUGUGCCUGUUUCUACUCCUUGCUGUUCUUUGUGUCGUAGCCCAUUGCCAGCAUGAAGACAUUUGCCAUGAAGUCAAUAAUACUAAUCUGCAUGAUGGAAAAGAAAAUCUAUUAACACAUAACUGUAACAAGCAAGGCUCUAACUAUGCAGAUUUUGUAUUUAGAUUUUACAAGCAGGCUGUAUUAAAAGAAGCUGAUAAAAAUGUUUUCUUUUCUCCCAUGAGCAUCUCCACUGCCUUUGCCAUGCUGGCUGUUGGUGCUAAGUCAACCACCCUGUCUCAGAUUUUUGAAGGACUGGGCUUUGAUGGUCUGACUGAGACUCACAUACAUGAUAUACAUGAAAGUUUUCACAAAGUUUUAUCAGUACUGAACUGUACUGAUGUUAACAUCACAUUAAAUAUAGGGAAUGCCCUUUUUACAGCUAUUGGGUAUGAACCACAGGAGACAUUUUUACAAAAUACCAAACUAUUUUAUGAUGCAGAAUUUUUUUCUAGCAAUUUCCAUAAACCACAAGCAGCUAAGCAGCAAAUCAAUAAAUACGUAGAGGAGAAAACCAAGGGGAAAAUUCCUGAAUUAAUUGGUCAUCUCGAUCCAAGUACUGUAUUGGUUCUUAUUAACUACGUUUAUUUUAAAGCUGCCUGGAAAAACUCUUUUGAUCCUUUGCGUACAUAUGAGGAUGACUUCUUUGUGAACACAAAUGCAUCUGUUAGAGUCAACAUGAUGCAAUGUGACAGUAACUACAACAGUUACUACGACCAGGAUCUCUCUUGCGAGGUGGUAGAACUGCCUUACCAGGGCACUGCACGAGCAUUGCUCAUUCUGCCUGAUGAUGGAAAGAUGAAGCAAGUAGAAGAUGCUCUCUCCAAGGAAACUGUUUGUAAAUGGGAUAACAAACUUGCAACCAGGAGAUUAGAUCUGCAAUUACCAAAGCUUUCUAUUAGUGGGUCUUACGAUGUUAAAAACCUGUUCAAGAAAAUGGGCAUUACUGAAGUAUUCUCUAGUAAUGCUGAUCUGUCUGGAAUUAGUAGCAGCCGUAAUCUUCAGGUUUCACAAGCAAUUCACAAGGCCCUGCUGGAAGUUGAUGAGGCUGGAACUGAGGCUGCAGGAGCCACAGUCAUAAUCCUUACCAGAAUUCUCCAUCCUUCCGUUACCAUCAAAUUCAACAGGCCCUUCAUUAUAUUGAUUUCUGACAAAGAAACUGGCACCACGCUUUUCAUGGGGAAAAUUGUUGAUCCUACUAAGAAGUAA